CCAUCAGUUUUGUUUUCCUUGUCCACACAACCUUCGUCUCACUCGUGUUUGCCGAAUCUUCUUCUUCCGGUGAUUGUUUUGGCAUAGCUUUUGUUUUGGGGAAAACCCAUUUGAUAAUUGUCUCUGUAACGUCGGAGAUGUUGUUCUAUAGAGCGGAUCGUGAUUGUUGUUUCUGUCGGGGAAAACAAGGAUCGUCGAUGUGGGUUUGAAUCGUAGGUGAAGGUAGCCGAACAACUUAUUCAGUAAAAUGGAGGCUCAUCAAGAACGCAGAAAACGAGUUGCUUUCGUACUGAUUGAUGGUUUAGGAGACAUAUCUAUACCGAAAUUAGGCGGUAAAACUCCUCUACAGGCAGCUAACAUUCCUAGUUUGGAUGCUAUUGCAUCUGCCGGAAUCAAUGGUUUAAUGGAUCCAGUUGAAGUCGGGUUGGGUUGCGGAAGUGACACAGCUCAUCUUUCUCUGUUGGGUUAUGACCCGAGAGUGUAUUACCGGGGAAGAGGUGCUUUCGAGUCUAUGGGUGCUGGAUUGGCUAUGUCACCCGGCGAUAUAGCUUUCAAAUCAAACUUUGCAACAUUGGAUGAGAAAUCCGGAACAGUGGUCAGUAGGAGGGCUGACCGGCAUUUUGAAGAAGAAGGGCCAAUUCUUUGUGCAGCACUUGAUGGAAUGAAGCUCCCGUCUUUCCCCGAGUAUGAAGUGCGGGUCAGAUAUGCGACUGAGCACAGAUGUGGAGUGGUUGUGAAAGGUCCAAAACUUAGCGGAAAUAUCUCGGGAACAGACCCGCUGAAAGAUAACCGUUUGCUUCUUGAAGCUAAAGCCUUGGAUAAUACAGAAGAAGCCCAUCACACUGCUAAAGUCAUUAACGAAUUAUCCCGGGAGAUAUCACGGAUUCUAGUUUCUCACCCAGUUAAUGCAAAACGAGUUGCGGAAGGGAAGAAUAUCGCCAAUGUUGUCCUUCUACGAGGCUGUGGCAUACGAAUCGAGGUCCCUCCAUUUCAGAAGAAGCACUGUUUGCGGCCGUGCAUGGUAGCUCCUACGAAAAUCAUCGCUGGAUUGGGAUUAUCUCUCGGCAUCGACAUUCUAGAAGCUCCCGGAGCCACGGGAGAUUACCGAACGCUUCUCACUUCCAAAGCAAUUGCCAUUGCCAAUGCACUCUCGGCUCCUUCGAAUAAGUGCCCGAACGUCUUUGUACCGGGUGAGGAUGAACAUAAACCGGGAAGAUCAGACGGCUAUGAUUUCGGUUUCCUUCACAUAAAGGCCAUAGAUGACGCGGGUCACGACAAGGCGACAUUGUUCAAAGUUAGAGGGUUGGAAGCUGUCGAUAAGGCGAUACUUCAGCUCGGUAAGCUUCUAUGGAAGGUGGAAUCAGAAUCUUCCGGAAUGUUCGAGUAUUUCCUGUGCGUGACCGGUGACCAUUCUACACCCGUCGAGUACGGUGACCACAGCUUCGAAACCGUCCCGUUCACAAUCUGCAGGCUAAGAGACUUCGUUGGAGCGGUCGGGGGCGAGAAUGCACUUCUUAAAACAUCGUUGGACCCGUUUCCUCUUCCGACAGUGGCGGAUUCCGGGGAAGACAUGGCCGGAGAAGAGGGAAACAGUGUAAGGAGACAAGUCGAAGCUUUUGGUGGAGAUUCGGUUUCUGAGUUCAACGAAAUUGCGGCUGCAAGAGGAUGUCUCGGUCGUUUUCCCGGUGGUGAAAUGAUGGGUGUUAUCAAGAAGUUUCUUGAGCUAAAUGUAUGAUUUCGGAGAAAAUUUUGGAUUUUUUUUCUUGGAUAAAGAAAAUAUUUCGGGGAUGAGGAAUUGAUGUCGGAUUUUCCCAAUAAGUUGUAUUUUAUUUGAACAAAUGCAUCGCAUGAUAAUAUGAUAUCUUUUUUUUUAAAUCA